UACAGUUACCCGGACCAUCCAAAUUGUGGGGCAUACUCUAAACGGAUAACACCUUCAAAAUCAACAUUGUUCAUGCAAUCCAACCAAUCUAUCAAAUGGAUGGUUAUUAAUGAUCCAAAAUUCCAAGGGCGGAAGCAAAUGUUACUAUUCUCUGUCUACGCUCCAUCCACAGCUACAGCGAUUUGGAAAAUCUAUCUACGGCUGAAGAUUCUCCAUCAUUUUUAAAUGGUGGUGAACUAGCAUAAGAGUCUGUCACCAAAAGAUGUCUACAUAAGCUAAAGAAACCAGAAGCUGAGGCCAGACCAGGAGCGUCUGUGUAUGGUGACGGCUCUCAUCUUCGUUGGAGGAAGGACAGAAAUGGCAACGGCUACGAUGGAGAGGAAGAGAGCAUGUGUAACUGGAGCCACAGGAUAUGUGGGGUCCAUGCUCGUUAAAAGCUUGUUAGAGAAAGGGUAUGCCGUCAACGCCACCGUCAGAGACCCAGCAAAUAGCAAAAAGGUGUCCCACCUCUUAAAUCUACAAGUCUUGGGUGAUGUAAAACUUUUCAAGGCAGAUAUCACGGAGGAAGGUAGCUUUGAUGAUGCCAUCAAUGGUUGUGAUUUCGUCUUCCAGGUUGCAACUCCAGUGAACUUUGGGUCUGAAGACCAAGGGAAUGACAUGAUCAAGCCAGCAAUCAAUGGGAUGUUGAACGUUCUGAAAUCAUUUGUUAGAGUGAAGACUAUGAAGCGUGUGGUCUGCACAUCAUCAGUGGCUGCUGUGUCGCCAAACAAUCUCAAUGGGAUGGACCAUGUCCUUGAUGAGGAGAGCUGGUCCGACGUUGAGUAUUUGACCUCUGAGAAGUCAUUGAUUUGGGGAUAUGGAGUGUCGAAAACCCUAACGGAAAAGCCAGCAUGGAAAUUCUCCAAAGAAAACAGUAUAGAUCUCAUCACCAUUGUUCCUGGUGUCAUCACCGGCUCAUCUCUAACUCCAGAGGUCCCACGAAGCGUCAGCAUAGCUGUCUUUGCUCGCAGGUAUGAUCUACACCAUGAAAUGUGGUGUCCGUACGUGCCAUCAAAUGGACAGACACAAUACAAGCUGUACACGUGUGGCUUAUGUGUGGACAUGAAUAAUCACAUACGUUCAAAUGUAGUGUAGGUACAACGCAUUCAAGCUAUGUGGGGCCACAUUGAUGAAUGAAUGCCAUCAAACCAUCCAUGUUAGGUCUAAAUCCCAAAAUCCAGCUUGAUUCAUAACUCAGGUGGGCCACGCCAAAGAUAAAAACUGGAGACAUUAGGCAGGGGUGCACCAAAUAUAGAAACCUGCAGAUGGAAUGUCGGGUCCAUCGUUUCGUAUUUAUGUCAUACCCACUCAUCAUGUUUGCACCACCAGGAUGAAGGGAUAAAAAGAAAUCAAGGCAUUAAAAGAACUAAGGUAGGCCACAAAGUUUUCAACAUGAUUGCACAUUGUCCCUUUGGUGUAUCCCAUCUGAGUUUUAGAUCAAGAUGAUCCGUGGAAUGUACGGUGAAAAUGA